AGGCAGCGCGGAGAACAGCCCCGGUGGAGGACGCGGGGGCCUGAACGCUGGCGGCUUUGAAUGGCGGCGGCAGCGGGACUCACGCUGCGGGGACUAUGAGGGCAGGCGGUGGCGGUGGCGGGGAGCAGCAGGCGCUGCUCCGGCAGGUUUUGGGUUGGAGAGUGGCUGCUAGUAUUGCCUGGUCAGUACUACUGCUACCUCUGUGUACGGCAGUCUUCAUAAGUAUUAGCAGCAUUGACUUGUUUCAUCCUAUACAAUGGAUUUCAAAUUCAUUCAACGAUUGGUAUACUUCCUAUGUCAUCUUUUGUAUCCUUCUUAUGUCAGUGGUGAUACUGAUAAUAAGCAUCUUCAAUGUUGAAUUUUAUGCAGUUGUGCCUUCUAUUCCCUGCUCUCGAUUAGCACUGUUAGGAAAGAUUAUUCACCCACGGCAAGUUAUCCAUUCAGUUGUUCAUGCUAUAAUGGGAAUGCUGGUGGCAUGGUGUGCUGCAGUUAUGACUAAGGGGAAGUUCCAGUUCCUUGCUCUACCCUGCACAGUUUCAGAAAGCUUAGAUGGUGCUGUUCAACACAUGUGCCUAAAUGAGUAUCACCUCUUCCUCCUGCUGUCUGGAGCUUUCAUGGGCUACAAUUAUAGUCUCUUGUACCUUGUUAACAAUAUGAACUAUUUGCCAUUUCCAAUCAUACAGCAAUACAAGUACUUACGUUUCAGAAGAUCUUUGCCUCUGCUGGUUAAACGUAGUUGUGUGGAAUCACUGUACUUGGUUAGAAACGUCUGUGUUGCAUAUUAUUUUUUUGGUUACAUUCCAAGAGCAUGGAUAAGUACCACAAUGGACCUUAAUACAGAUAGUAAACUUCAUCCUCUUGACACACUUACUGGUCUUCUGGAUCUAUCCUUGCUCUACCAUACCUGGUUAUGUGGUAUAUUUCUUCUGAUUACUUGGCACAUUGCAUGGUUACUCUUCAAAAUCUAUGCUACAGAGGCACAUCAUUUUCCUGUUCAACCAACUUUCGCUGAAGAAACAGACCAAUGCCUGCCUAAAAUCUUAAACAGCAACCCUCCCCUUAUUAUAAAGUUCUUGGCCUUACAGGACUUGAUGUUACUUUCCCAGUAUUCUCCUGUGCGACGACAAGAGGUCUUCAGCCUUAGUCAGCCAGGUGGGCAUCCUCACAAUUGGACAGCAAUAUCAAAGGAGUGCUUGAAUCUUUUGAGUGACUUGACACAGAAGCUGAUUAUGCAGCAGGAAGCUGCAGCUACAAAUGGGAGAGUGAAACAGCCAUCUACAGGAGAAUUAGGAAGAUCUUUGAGCUCUUCAGCAACUGUUACGGAAGAAAUGGCCUUCCAGACACAGAGGUCUAAUGUCGUUUCUAGAGCCCAUAUGCCUUCCCUGGUUAAAUCAUCCCUCUUGCCUUUAAAGGCAUUGUCUACAUCUGAUCUUGGAAGCUCUUUUGGUUCACCUUUCAGUUCUCCUGCUCUAAAUCGCAAGUCUGGGAUUCUGGAUUUAAACUCUCCUUGGCAUGGAUCAGUCCAAAGUCCUCAUGUUAUGAGAAGAGGACCAAAGCUGUGGACAUCAAGUUCAGAUCUGCAAAUGAAUGGCUCUCAUCAAGCGUCCUUCCCUGUGAUCUCUGUUGCAAGAGUUGGUAAUGAAGCAAUACAGCCAAGCUUUAUUUAUACGUGGCUCCAGAACAAGCAAGAGCAGGUUAGGAGUUUCUUGUCAAAACGAGUGCUGAUAAUGUAUUUCUUCAGCAAGCAUCCAGAGGCCUCGAUCCAGGCUGUCUUUUCUGAUGCCCAAAUGCACAUUUGGGCAUUAGAAGGUCUAUCCCGUUUGGUUGCGGCCUCAUUUACUGAAGACCGAUUUGGAGUUGUCCAAACUACGCUGCCAGCUAUUCUGAAUACCUUACUGACUCUUCAGGAGGUUGUAGAUAAGCAUUUCAAGCUGCCUCAUGCUUCUAGCAAACCUCCCAGGAUUUCGGGAAGUCUGAUGGAUACCUCCUACAAAACGCUACGAUUUGCGCUUAGAGCAUCCCUGAAAACUGCGAUAUACCGGAUCACUACUACUUUUGGAGAACAUCUAAAUGCAGUUCACGUGUCUGCAGAGCAUAAGAAAAGACUUCAGCAGUUCUUGGAGUUCAAAGAAUAGUUAAGUAAAUUAAAUAGGUUACGUUGCUGAUACUGCUACAGAUGGACAGUACGUGUUUAGCAUUCUUGAACUGGAAGAAAGUGGGUCUUCCUAUCUUGUUUGGUGGCCUUUUCAAAAAGUGUGUAUUAAAUGUAAAUCAUGGAGUGCGACUCUUAGCAGAUUUACAAAAAACUUCUGUUUGGAUCACUUUACUUGAUCUUUUGUAUAAUAAAGCUCUUUUUUUAAGAAUUUCUUAGUUUAAAUAUUCUUGGCAAUUGAAGAAACCUCAGUUGUUGUUUUUUAUGAGAUUAGUAUCUGCUUUUGAGGAGAACAGGGUUAAUUUAUCACUUGUUUUACCAGGUAUGUUUUGCCUGGCAGUUGAUAUUAAAGAAUGGGGGGCAGAUUUGCAAAGGCGCUUAGGCACUUAAAGAUGCAGAUAGGCCCCUUGUAAAACUUACACUAGGCACCUAUGUGCAUCUUUAGGCACCUGAAUACCUUUGUAGAUCUGGUCCUUAGCAUUCUUUAGUGCAGGGAGUUUGUGCUUUAAGUGAUUCAAAAGUAUGUAUGUUAUGCUACAGGAUAAAAGGGGCAACAUUUCUGUCUGAUGGCAAAAUAUCUGCAAAACAAAAUGGUGAGCAGAAAGCCAUAUCUAAAGAACACAAGCAAGUACUGUUUACUUUGUAAACUAUAUAGUUUGAGAAACUAGCAACUUGGAUUUUAGUUUCAAGAGGGUUUGCAGAAUUGUUACUGAUGAGUGGUUUUUAAAUUAAAUUGAUCUACAUAAAGACAUGUAGAAAACAUUAAAGUUAGUAAAGCUUUCCUAGUAGCAAUUCUAAGGCUCAACUCAGUUUUGAAUUGACAACCUUUUUGUUAGAAUGGUAAGCAAGAAAUAUGAAGAUGUAUUUUGGUGAUAGCAUUUCAUCCUUACAUUUCAAUAUCUGCCUCACAUGGGAAACAAAUUUUGGUAACUUCAGAGCAUCAGUUAAAUGUAAGCAAGCCUGUCAUCACAUUUGAAGGGACCACACUACCUCUUAAAGAUAAAGUAACUGCACACAAGUGUAUUAAUGUAUUUAACAGUGCAGGCACCACACUAUAAAUAUAUGUAAUAGAUUCUGAGAUGCAGCUGCAAUAUUUUCAGCAAAAAAGCAAACUGAACACUUACAAAUGGAUUCAGGAUGGUGGUGGUCGAUAUAGAUUCAAGUCUUGUUUCCAUUGGUUUAACUCCAUUCCCUUCAGCGGACGUACCCGUCUUAUACCAGUGUAACCAAGAUUAGAAUAUGGCCCUAACACCAACUCAUAUUUGCAAAGGAAUUUGGAUAGGACAGGUCUUGCUCAUGUAACUGGCUUUUAAUAGCUCAGUUGGUGUGAGGAACAAGGGACUUGAUGACAGAUAGCAAGUACUACAUUCUGCCGUGACCCGUUAAGGUUUUAUGUUGAAAAAACAAACAAACUUGAGAAUGUAUGGUGCUCUAAUUAGUAAAGCUCUCAGGAAUUCAUCAUAUCGCUGUAGUACCUACAUGUCAGGGUUCUCAGCUUUGAUAUUGAGAUAUAUUAUCCACUUUAGAUCCAAAUAUAUCUUGCGUUUACUAUAAACUGAUGACCUCAAUUUAAGGACUUGAUGUUUAAAUCCCACAUAAUUUAAGGCUUUCACUGAAUUUAAGGUCUGCCUGGCAUUUGGGCAGGAUUUUCGUUCUUGCCUGUUUGACUUUUUUGUAAUUUGACAUACUCAUUUUUCAUUAUUACACAGUGCACCUGGGCCAAAAUAUGGUCUGGUAACUGAACGAGUUACAUCUCAGAACUGACUUGUUCAAAUGGUUUCGUUAAAAGUUUCAAACACUUAGAAAAGGUGCAGAUUUUUUCUUAGCAAUACAGUAGGAAGGUGCACAUGAGGAAGCACUCCUGUGUACUAUAAGUUGUAACUAACUGUAUUAUGGCUAAUACCAGGAGUCAUAAAAUGCAGAUUUCUGUCUGAAACUAAAUGUUUGAGGUUGAUCCCCCUUGUUUUGCAAUGGAGAUCUACACAUCUUCCCCCCCCCCCCCCCCAACUACUGCUGAGUAGAAUUCACUGAACCCUGUGUGCACUAGCUGGAGAGGUACUUUGCAAGGCGAGAACUGAUUACUGUGUGAUUUCUUUAAAAAGCUACAGUUCUCUGCUCAAAAGGAUGGCUAUUAAGUCACAGAAGAGUCCAUGUCUCUUUCUCCAUAGUUUUACCUCUGGUGGCAUUGCCCUUAAGCACAUUUUUGAUAGGGUUAUGAGCAUGAGAAACGGUUACAUACAGCAUUAGUUCUGUUUAUUUAGCUUUAUCUCUUUAAAUGGUAUAAAAUCCAUAUGCCUACUCUGUAACAAACUGAAGAAGUGACUACUAUACAGCCCAAAUGGACAUGGGGGAGAACAAUUUUGCUUUAAUGUGUUUUUACUGCCUGAUAAUUACUACUUUCCUCAAGGCCUAAUAGAUCAACCUUUUACAGCUUUUUUAUAUACAAUUGCUUCUAAAUAAAAAUACCCUUUAUUUUCAA